AUGGGGCUGCUCUAUUUCUCAAUCAAUCAACAUCUUUAUACACCACCUCGUUCCAACUUAGCCAACGUGCCACGGUGGCGGCGGAUGGAUGCCAUCGCAGCUUUCCAUUGCCGGAAAGACAAGGUGGUCGUGAUCAUGGGGGCCACCGGCACUGGAAAAUCGCGCCUCUCCGUCGACCUCGCUUCCCGCUUCCCCUUUUCUGAAAUCAUAAACUAUGAUAAAAUGCAACUCUACAGUGGCCUCGACAUCACCACUAACAAGAUCCCCAUCAGAGAGCAAAACGGCGUGCCUCACCACCUUCUCGACGAGUUUGACCCUUCCAAUGACGAGUUCACGGCAUCAGAGUUUCGCCAGCGUGCCAGCAAACUGGUCGCUGACAUCUCAUCCCGGAGGAAGCUCCCAAUCCUUGUGGGAGGGUCGAACUCGUUCAUUCACGCCCUUCUCGUGGAACGAUUCGACCCUGUGUUGAAUGUCUUUGAUGACUCACGGCCAACAAUCCCAUCCGAGUUGACUGGGUUGAGGUACCAGUGCUGCUUUCUCUGGUUGGAUGUUUCGUUGCCUGUGUUGACGGAAUAUUUGCUUAAGCGAGUGGAUGACAUGCUUGACUCGGGGAUGGUGGACGAGUUGGCCGAGUUUUAUAAAUCGAGCGGUGACUCGACGAGUGAGAACGGGUUGAGGAAGGCAAUUGGAGUGGUCGAGUUUGAGCGUUAUUUUAAGGAAUAUCCUCCAACGUUGGAGAUGGGAGGAUUUUGUUUGGAGGAUGGGGGCGGGGAUGGCAUGCGGAAAGGUGCAUACGAGAGUGCUGUGAGGGCAAUGAAGGACAACACGUGUCAAUUGGCGAAAAGGCAGAUAAGGAAGAUUUUGCGGCUACAAAGGGUGGGGUGGGACCUGCAAAGAGUGGAUGCCACGGCGGUGUUGAGGGGCGGAGGAAGGUGCUCGGAGAUUUGGGAGAAGGAUGUUUUGGAACCCAGUUACACGAUUGUUAAGCAUUUCUUGGAGGAUGUUUAG